CAAAAUUCAAAUCUGUCAAAUAAAUACUGUCAGUGCAGAACUUGCGUUAUUUAUUUAUUUUUUCCCACUACCUACGUAGCAAUAUUUGUGUGAUUAUUAUUGUUUCAAUACGUCUAACUCUAAAUCUUGCACUGAAAAAAUUGUAAUCAAUAUGAAUUUCUUAGAUAAUUUCGAUCCGGAAACUUCAGCUCGUGAAAGACGAAAACUUAAUCGUAAAAGUUAUUAUAUGCACCGUAAAUCUAAAAAUAUUUAUAAUGAACGUGGUCAAAUAGCAGCAACAGGCAAGGAUCUGUGUGAUUGUUUGGAUGAAACUUGUUCAGGUUGUCACUUUCCAUGCUCCAAGUGUAAUUCAAAUAAGUGUGGACAUGAAUGCAGAGUGAAUAGAAAGUGGAUGUAUGACAAAAUAGAAAUUGAAGGAAAUGACUUUGUAAUAAAAAAUGAAUACAAGCAUAAAUAAUAAUGUAAUAAUAUUUACUUCUUAAACAAACUGUGUCUUAGCUAAGAGUUUGAAAAAAUAUUGAACUUCAGUUUUUCCAUCCUCAGGCAAAUCUGUGCAGUGUAUAGCAUUCUGGAUACUUGUUUUUCCAUAGAGAGCUCUAAUACUGUUUGGGUACAAUUGACGACAUAAGCCCUGUAAUGUGAAUAUUU